AUGGCUCUUCGAGAAUCAAAACCUGGUGAUCUAACAGAUGCGAGUACGAAUGCUGAGAGAGUUAAGAUGAAAAAGUGGGUGACAACUAAUUUGAAGUGCAUACUGGUUAUAAAGAAAUCCAUUCCUAAGUCGCUGCGUGACAGUGUUGAAGUGAAAGAUACUGCCACAGAGUUUUUGAGUGAGAUAAAGGCUGUUUUUGAGGUGUCUCAGAAGACUGAGAAAGGGGAUCUCAUGAACCAAAUUACGUCGGCUGUAUUCGAUGGUACUGAGAGUGUCAAAGAACAUUUACUGAAGAUGGCUUCCACUGUGAACAAGUUGAGAGAUCUUGGGAUGCCUAUAGAAGAAGAACUUUUGGUGCAUCUUGCACUCAAAUCUCUCCCAGAUGUGUAUGCGAAUAUAAAGUCUAUAAAUGCUGCUCAGAAGGACAAAUGGACCAUGAAAGAACUGAUAUCUAUCUGCGCACAAGAAAAAGGAAACAUGAAGAAGAUGACUAUUGAGAGUGCAAACCUAACUGAGAACAAAGGAACGUUUGGAAGUGGAACAAAGAAAGGGAAUCUAAGAUUUUUCAAGAAAGGUAAGUAUCAUCUAUACAAUAAAGAAAGGAGGAGUGUUGGUGAAAUUUCAUGCUACUGGUGA